GUCUUCUUGUUUGUUGAGGAGGGAGCCAAUUGGGCAGGGAGCGACGGAAGCGCGUGCACCCGGGAAUUCAGGGGUGUUCCUGGGCCUGGGUCUAACCGCCUGUCAGGUGUUUGGGUAUGUGCUCUGCCUUCUCCAGCAGUAGCUCCCGUGGACUUCCUCCUCAGGUUCCCUGCGUGGGCGGAGCUGGGCCGGAACAUGGCGAAGUCGGGUCUGGAUCAUCUCAAAAAUGGCUACAGAAGAAGAUUUUGCCGACCUUCCAGGGUACCUGAUAUUAAUACAGGGCAAGGCCAAAACAUGCUGGAAAUCUUACAAGACUGUUUUGAAGAAAAAAGUCUUACCAAUGAUUUUAGCAUAAAUUCUACAAAAUCAGUGCGUUAUUCGACACACAGAGUGAAAGACAAUUCUAUUCAUUCCCCAAGCAAAGAGAAAUCACAUUCAAAGUCAGUUCCAGUUUCUUCAAGGAAGAAGGAAGCCCCUCUGCAAGACAUUAUAGAACCAAAUGAAACUUCCCACAAAUCAGUACAGGGCCAUGAAGUUCUUCAGAAAAUCCUGGCAACUGAUAUUGUUUCUAGAAAUACACCCGACUUGAAAAAAAUGUCAAGUAAAAAACCAAGUGACCAUCCUAGUGAAGCUGAGGAAGAAUUUUACUUAUCUGUUGGCUCACCUGCUGUUCUUUUGGAUGCAAAAACAUCUGUAUCACAAAAUACUAGUUCAUCUCUUGCUCAAAAGAGAGAGACUUAUACUUUUGGAAAUUCGUUAAAUAUGCUGUCUUCAAGUACAGAGAUUUCUCUUAAAACCAAAAAAAGGUUAAACUUUGAAGAUUUUAUUUUAAAAAAAGUAGAAAUAGAGAAUAAAGUAUCAGAAGUAGAGAAUAAAAUACCAGAAGGACAACAAGAAAGGAAGCCAUCAGAAACAUUUCAGAAAAGUGUACAGGAUUUGGAACAUGAAAUUCAACCACAAACUAAAAAGAGCUUUUCAACAUUGUUUUUAGAAACUGUAAAAAGAAAAAGUGAAUUCAGUCCCAUUGUUAAGCAUAUAGUGACUGCUCCACCUCAUUCAUCUCCUCCAAAUGAUAUGAAGUUGUUAGAAGAUGAAUUUGUAAUUGAUGAGUCAGAUAGAAGUUUUGCCAGUGGAUCUUGGAUUACAAUACCAAGAAAGGGUGGAUCUCUGAAACAACCCACAAUAUCCCCUGCUGAGAGCACUGCAGUCCUUCAAGGUAAGAAGGCAAGAGAAAAACAUUGCAGUGUAUUACCUAACACUUUGAGAAGUGACCAGCAUUUGCAUAAAGCUCACCCAGAACAGAAAUUUCAACCCUGUGAUGAAAAAAAAGUGGAUACAAGUUCUUCUUUGACAGAUGAAUUGGAAAAUAUUGAUAGAUCUACAAAAUAUGAAAUCUCUUCUGAAAAUGCCAAAAAACCAUCUGAAAACAAAACGCCAAUAAAACAAAAUCAGAGAAGAAAAUUUAAGGCCAACGUAGUUAAAAAACAGCUUGAUCUGGAACAGUCUAAAGAUAAAAAUGUAAAUAUGUCACACUCUGCUCAAGACAAGUUGCAAAAAAAUUUAGACAGAAAUGGAGAAGAUUGUGAAGGGACGAGAAAUGAUAAUAUAUUCAAAACACCUACACUACCUGUGGGAGAUAAGAGAAUAAAUAGAGGCACCAAAAACAAUAAGGAAGAAUCUAGAAAGAAGCAUUUUUCAAGUGAGUCCAAGAAGAAUAAACUUGUAUCCGAAGAAGUGACUAUUGCUGUCAUGAGAAGUCAUAGGAUUUCCAGGCGUCCAUCUGAUUGGUGGGUGGUAAAAUCAGAUGAAAGUCCUGUUCAUAGCAAUUCUUCAAUAAAAAAUGAAUUAUCAGUGUAUCACAACCCUAGACAAAAAUCUGCUAAGAAAACAAAUCAGCCAUCUAGGAAUACUGGGAAAAAAGCCAUUCCAUUAAAAAAGCAGAAGACAGCUAUGCAAGGCAGCUCAAGAGUACAGAAAUUUUUAAAUGUUAAAGGUUCUGAGUUUAUUAGCAACCAUGAAAAACUUCCCAGUUGUUCCCAGAAUGAGCCAUCAGAAAGUGACAAAGCUGACCUGGCUGCGAAGAAAAGUCUUGAUUGUUCUGGAACUACAGAGCGCUCCAAGGAUCAAUGUGGUGUUACAACUGCACAAAAUGUUCGUUUAAAGUCUCAGACCAGUGACCAUACUUGCAAGACACCAACAGAGUCUAAUUUGGAUUCUGGAAAGUGUAAAACUUCAGUUUUGGAAGAAAGUGGACCAUCCAGGAUCAAGAACUAUUUAAUGUUUGGGAAGAAUAAUUCUGAUGCGUGUGAUGAAGAAGUUCAGGAAAGGUUAGAUGACUCAAGACUGAAAAGAACUAAAGUGUCACCAGAGAAGAAAACACAUCAUAAAUUAAUUUUGCCCUCCAACACACCAAAUGUCCGCAGGACCAAGAGAAUACGUUUUAAACCUUUGGAAUACUGGCGAGGAGAGCGAAUAGAUUAUCAAGAAACAUCAUCAGGAGAAUUUGUGAUUGGUGGAAUAUUGUCCCCAGUCACAGUAACAUCUAAAAGAAAGGCAAAAGGAAACGUGGAAAGAGUCAAAAAAGUAACUAAUAGGAAAAGGAUGUGUCUUCAUAAUGAUGAAAGAAAGAAUAAAUUAAUACUAAAUGUUGAUAUAUCUCUAAGAGAUCCUUUGCAGCCAACACCAGUAAAGGACCCAGAAACAAGAGAGAUUGUUCUCAUGGAUCUUAUAAAGCCACAAGAUACAUAUCAGUUUUUUGUGGAACAUGGUGGAUUGAAAGUAUAUAAAACUUUGGAUACACCUUUAUUUUCUACUGGGAAAUUGAUAUUAGGACCCUAUGAAGAAAAGGGAAAACAGCAUGUUGGCCAAGAUAUAUUAAUCUUUUAUGUUCACUUUGGUGACCUUUUGUGUACUUUAUUUGAAUCACCUUAUUUAAUAACUACUGGGGAUUCUUUCUAUGUUCCUUCAGGUAAUUAUUACAACAUCAAAAAUCUCCUGAAUGAUGAAAGUAUUCUUCUUUUUACUCAAAUUAAGAGAUGAAGGAUGAAGCAAGUUUAAAUAUGUGUGGGUAUUUAUGUAUAUGUGUAUAAAAUAUACAUGUACACACAUGUAUAAAGCAGCUUGUAUAGUUGACAUUUAUUUUUGUAAUUGUGUUAUUUUAAAAUAAAAAUUUUAUUCAGCUUUGUGUAAAUGUGUAUUAGAUAAACAUUUCAUACUCGGACGAGUAUCUUCGAAUUUUUUGUGAACACACAUCAUCUGUAGUGAUAUUAUUUUAACAACAUGAAAAGCAUACCAAAACCACUACUCCUUCAAUGAAUAUAGGACAUAUAUUUUUACCAGAAGAGAGCUGAUUAAUGUCAGUUGAUUUAAAAUUAGUUUUCCCAAAUUCUCAUUUUUAAUUAUUGAGCAUUAAAGAACUGUGGUAAAUGUUUGUUUCUAGGGCUUCUGUAACAAAUUAUUACAAACUGAGUGACUUAAACUAAUAGAAAUUUGUUAUCUUAGUUAUGGAGGCUUGAAGUCUGAAAUUAAGGUGUUGUGAGGGCCAUGAUGUCUCAGAAACCUGGAGAAAUAAUGAUUCCUUCCCUCUUUCUGAUUUCUCUUGAAAUGCUGGCAAUCUUUGGUAUUCCUUGGCUUGCACCUACUACUACUACAAUCCCUGCCUCCAUUGUCAAAUGAUAUUCUUGCUUGGCAUGCAAAUGUCCUCACAUGACAUUUGUUUAAUUAUAACAAUUCGAACUUUUCUUCCAUCUUGUUUCUGUUUGUAUUUUCUGCUGGAAGUGGUACCCUGCGCCAUUGCUUUCUGCAUGUGGCCUCCUUAGCUCCUUUUAAUAUUAAAAGGAAAUGCUUCAGGAAACAACUCUGCUAACAAAGUUGAAUUUUGAUUUUUUUUUUGGGGGGGCUAUAAAUAUAUAUUAUAAGAUUGUCAGUUCUAAAGAAGUUUAUUUCAUGUGAAUUAUUUUUAGGCUGACCCUCUUCAUGACUCUUUAAUAGUUAAAUAUACAUACACAUUGAAAACAGGUUUGGUAUCUGGGGUCUGAGAAAGAAUGAAGUUAUGAUAGGCUUUGUUAAACCACAUUUUUUGUGUGUGUUUUUUUUUUUUUUUUUUAAUUUCAUUAAAAAAAAAAUAAGAGUUGGGUGCAAUGGUGUACACCUGAAACCCUAGAGGCUUGGGAAGCUAAGACAGGAUGAUCAUGAGUUCAAAACCAGCUUCAGCACAAGCGAGAUGCUCAGCAACUCAGUGAGACACCCUGUCUGUAAAUAGAAUACAAAAUAGGGCUGGGGAUGUGUCUCAGUGGUUGAGUACCCAAGUUCAAUCCCCACUACCCCCCCCCCCAAAAAAAAAGGAAUUAUUCCUCUUUACAUGACAAAUAAUACCAUAGAGAUAAGUUGAUCUCACAAUACAUACUGGCUACAAAUUUAUUUGUGUUACAGUUGCCAAAUAUAAUGCUUCUCAAGGGGAUUGGGAAGUUAAAAAUUAUUUAGUGGGUAUCUGGCACAGAAAUAAUGACAGUUUAGACCUAAGGAGUUACAUCAUUUAAAUGGUUUUAAUCCUGGGAAUAUGUUAAAACAUUCAGUAUGAUAUGUUUUUGCUACUAAUUCUCUUUUGUGUUGUAAUAAUAGGUUGCCAUAUCUUCCAGCAAGGCAUCUGAGAACUUCAAAUACUAGCUCAUCACUUGUGUUUAAAAAAAAAAAAAGAAAAGAAAAAAAAACAAAGGGGGAGAUGUUGAGAAUGGUGAAUGAAUUAUGCUCUUUGAACUGCCAAGUGACAGGCAAUACCUCCCUUGGGAAUUUUUUAAUGCAUUUGAGAGCCAACCCUUGAAAAAUUGGCCUCAACAAAGAGUGUUAGAUAAAAUAAAACUGAUUAGGAAAAUACAUUAAUUUAGGCACAUAAAGCUCAAAUAUGAAUUUGCCAUGAAAUCAUGAGCUCAAAAAUAUAGGGUUUUUUAAAGAGCAAAACAAAAGCCAUAAUUAUUCUUGUAAAGAGACAUGUUGAACAACUUUAUGAGAUCAGUUCACUUUGAGUUCAGAUUAGAGUAAGUUCAGAUAUUUAAAAUAUAGAGUAAAAUCUUCAGAAAAGUUUUUUUAAAAAGGGAAAACAUAUUUAGAAUCUUUCCAUUGUUCCCUCUUGGUGCUCAAGCAUUCAGGGGAGGUUAUUAACAGUGUGGUAAAGAUACCAAGUUAAGGCAGAACAGAAGAGGCUCAGAUUUAAACAUGACAUCUUUUUCUCUUUAGGCCGUCAAGUCAGAAAUCACUUGAAUUUUUAAAAGGGCUACUUUUUUCCUGUGGUCUUAAAUCUUACAUGAUUCUCUGAAAAUGUGGUGCUAUAGUUUAUGUUUUUUCUGAAGACCCUAUCCCAAUGAGGUUUUAACUGAGGAGGCAAAAUUGUCUGUCUAUAUUUGUAAUUUACAUUCAUUACCCUAAUGUUUAUCACAAUGGCUGCAUGGGCAGAGGCCUGGUUUGUUUUUAUGACCAGAUAACUGCUGAUAGUCUCUGGCCAAGCGUCUAGGCUCACUUCCUUUUGGAAUUUUAAGUUUUUAAGUUUUCCAGGAAGGCUGAAAAACUCUUUAAUUUUUUUUAAUUGUUGAUGGACCUUUAUUUUUAAUUAUUUGUUUAUAUGAAAAAGAAGCCAGUGCCUCACACAUGCAAAGCAAGCACUCUACCACUGAGCCACAACUCCAGCCCUGCAAAACUUCUCUUAAAGCUGUGGCCAGAGUUUCAACUCCCACUCACAUUUCAGGAAACAGCUUCUACUGAGCAGGGGAAGGGCUGUAGGAGAUGCUACAGGCUGAAGAGUGUUUAUUUUUUACAGCCUUUAACAGUGUUUCUAAAGCCAGAAAUCAGGUCAGAAGCCAAACAUUUCAUGUGAUUACAAGAUGGAUCAAGACAAUUUCAUAUCAAAGACCAUGGGGAUUUUGUCCAGUUCCUUGGUCACAUAGCUAGCAUGCAUGUUCACUGAGUUUCUCCCAUGACUUUACACCUACCGCUCCCUCCUCAAGUAACCAAGGAAAAGUUUUAAUAACAAAUUCUAAAAGCUGUGGCAACUGCCUUCUCUAUGGGGCUGUCCUGUAAUUUAAACAUAGUCUUCAACAUAGUAACAUAGGGAUCCCUUUCUUCUAAACUGUUCUGAAUUUUACAGCAAGCUAUGUAUAAAGACUCGCUUGUCUCCUUCCUACUUUAAUGGACAUGUAUCUUUUUUAGGAGCAUUCCACUCACCUUGAAAAGUGAAUUCCUUGUGUGUCUGUGUUGGUCCCUGUUCAGGUGCCAAAUGUCCAUCCUGUGUGAAAGUGUAUUCAGGGCAACACAAACUAGUCAGUAAGGGGAUUAUGAAAAGACACAUAAACUAGAGGAAAAGGCAGGGUGGUUUGGUUCAGCCUGCCUCUGGUGGAGGAAGACUGACCACAAGCAAGCUUGGCACAUUUAUUAUAUAGGUUUAAACAUCAGAAGGAUUUAUUGUCAGAAAGCCUCUUCAAGAUAAAACUGAAGCUGAGGGUAAAAGCAGCCCAUUAGGCUUAUCAGCUUUUGGCUAUAAUUCUCUACCUCUGGGCAGCAAGUAUUUGAACCCAAGGUUAUGAACUAAAACUUGGCUAGUAAGGAAUUUCCCUUUGAACAGGGUGUUACCAUACAAUUGGCUGGUUUUUUCUUUGCCUUUGCACUAAGACAUUCCCAAGGGAGUUGUCUCCUCUGUUUCUGGGAGGUUCAAAGACCCGUAUUUCAUUGCCUUUCCUGAGUUUCCACAUUUUUUGUUAAAUUGAUUGGUAGGCAUUGCAUGUUUCUUAAUGCUGUGGUAAAUUUUAUUUUUUCAUUUUCCAAGUGCUAAUUUCUAAUGUAUAGAAGUACAACUUAUUUUUGUAUAUACUUUUUGUUUAUAUUCUAUGACCACGUCAAAUUCAGAUCAUUAGUUUUUUGUUUUUAGGAUUCCAUAGGAUUUUCUAUGCAUAUAUUAUGUGUAUACUGUCAACAUCUGUGAAUAAAGACAUUUUGACUUCUUUUA